UUAUAAAUAUAUGAUCAAAUCCAAGGAUAGAUUGGAAAUUCUUCUUUUUGUUAUCAUCAAUAAAAGAUUAGUUUUUAAACAACUUUCUUGUUUCCAAAUAACUAAACUUAUAUUUUUAAAUUUAUUAAUUAAUCAUGUCCGGUAGAGGUAAAGGUGGUAAAGGUCUCGGAAAAGGUGGUGCCAAACGUCACAGAAAGAUUUUGAGAGAUAACAUUCAAGGUAUUACCAAACCAGCUAUUAGAAGAUUAGCUAGAAGAGGUGGUGUUAAACGUAUUUCUGCUUUAAUUUAUGAAGAAGUUAGAGGUGUUUUGAAAUCUUUCUUAGAAAAUGUUAUCAGAGAUGCUGUUACUUAUACCGAACACGCCAAAAGAAAGACUGUUACUUCUUUGGAUGUUGUUUACGCUUUAAAGAGACAAGGUAGAACCUUAUAUGGUUUCGGUGGUUAA